AUGGCUGUAUUCGCGAACUUCGCCACUAAUGGCACUGGUAAAUACGAUAAAUUCCCAGGGAUCCGUUUCUCUGUGUGCACUUUGGCAUCGAACUUCAAAAUCAUGAUACGACGGGAGCUGCUUCUUCUUUUGGGCCUUAUCGAUGCUUCGAAAGAGAGCAUCGAAUACGUGCUCAACGGUCCUGAGACUGGUCGUGCAGUUGUCAUUGUCGUUGGUGGUGCUGAAGAAGCGCUGGAUGCACAUCCUGGUGAACAUAAGCUCAUCCUCAAGUCACGUAAAGGAUUCGUACGAGAGGCACUGAAAACUGGCGCUCAUUUGGUCCCAGUCUAUUCAUUUGGCGAGAAUGAUAUAUUUAAACAGGUUCCUAACCCCAAAGAGUCGACUUUGCGACGUUUCCAGUCAUGGGUGAAACGACUUGGUGGCUAUACCCUACCAUGGUUUUAUGGACGUGGGCUUCUACAGGUUAGUUGGAAGUGA